CUGAAAUAAGAGACGAAGAAGAAGAAGAAGAGGAGGAGACGGAAGGAGGCGAACAAGGUGAUUCCUCUGCUCACUGUGUGUUCAUACCAGGUUUGCAUUCUGACCUGCAGGCCAAUGGACCAUCACCUUACUCAUGUCCAAUGGUGGAGACUUCUACGGUCGCACUGAGCGUGCCCGCCAGUCGCCCUACUAUGACCAGGUACCACAAGACACGUUACCCCGAUCGGGCUCGUACGACCUGCUGCAGCCGCUGAGGGAGCAGAGAGCGCCUCGCCUGGCUCAGAGCGCCGACCCCCUUCCUCCUCCGCCGCUGCCAGACCAGCCGCCCGUCGGCCCCGAGUUUGACCCCAGUGGCAGCGAGGCCAACGAGGACCCCGACCCGGACCACGACCCCGCUCUCGACAUCAAACCAGUCCACCGUUUCAUCCCGGACUCGUGGAAGAACUUCUUCCGAGCGAGUAACCGCAGCAGCCAGAAGCCGUGGUCCAUGUCUGAGUCCUCAUGCAACAACAACAACAGCACCACUGACGGGGUGCGAUGCUCUCCUCCUCGCUCCCCUGUCCCCGGAUCCUACCGAGACCCGUUUGGCGGCUCAGGUGGCAGCUACAACUCACGCAGGGAGCUUCUGGGACUACGGGACGGCCAUGAGUCGGUGUCGGGGCGCACCUACAACACAGCCCUGACCUACGGCGAGCGUGUGGAGGAGUACCACCAGCGCUACGGCUUCAUGAAGUCCUGGGCCGGGCUGCUGAGGAUUCUGGGGUGUGUGGAGCUCCUGCUGGGAGCGGCUGUGUUCGCCUGCGUGUGUGCUUACAUCCACAAAGACAAUGAGUGGUUCAACAUGUUUGGAUACUCCUCUCCUGGAGGAGCUUAUGGAGGAGGAGGCUUAUAUGGAGGCGUCACAGGAGCGUCCUACUACUCCGGACCAAAGACCCCGUUUGUGCUGGUGGUGGCGGGUCUGGCCUGGCUGGUGACUGUCAUCAUGUUGGUGCUGGGGAUGACCAUGUACUACCGCACCAUCCUGCUGGACUCCUCCUGGUGGCCGCUGACGGAGUUCAUCAUCAACCUGGUGCUGGCGGUGCUCUACUUGACAGCAGGCAUCGUUUAUGUCCGGGACACGACCCGCGGAGGGCUCUGCUCCUACCCGGUCUUCAACAACGGCAUCAAUGGGGCGUUCUGUAGAACGGAGGCGGGUCAGACCGCUGCCAUCAUCUUCCUGUUCGUCACCAUGGUGGUGUAUCUGAUCGGAGCCGGAGUGUGUCUCAAGCUGUGGAGACAUGAAGCUGCUCGUAUGUACCGGGAGCAGUACGGCACCGAGACACAGAUGCAUCCCUCCAACGUGCGAGCUGCAAAAUCACUGAUCGGUCCAGCUUCAGCUCUUCCACCUAAAUCUCCAGAGCAGGAACAAGGUUCCUCAGUGGUUCCUAUCAGAGCUGCACCUAAAGCUGCUGCACCACACAUCCUGCAGGGAGCCAUCCCAUCAGGACACAUCCCCAAACCCGUCAUUGUGCCCGACUACAUCGCGAAAUACCCAACGAUCCGGUCCGAUGAGGAGCGGGACCAGUACCGAGCCGUGUUCAACGACCAGUACGCCGAGUACAAGGAGCUCCACUCAGAGGUGCAGCUGACCCUCAAGAAGUUUGAUGAGAUGGACGCCAUGAUGCGCAGCCUGCCGCAGCACCCCACCAGCCACAUGGAAGUCGAUCGCAUUAACAAAAUCCUUCAGGACUACCAGAGGAAGAAAAAUGACCCGACUUUCCUGGAGAAGAAGGAGCGCUGCGAGUACCUGAAGAGCAAACUGUCCCACAUCAAACAGAAGAUCCAAGAAUACGAUAAAGUGAUGGAGUGGAACGAUGGCUACAGUAACGCGACACCUGUGCGGCGGGGGGCGGAGCUAAAUGAACCGAGAGCUACCUGCAGCACCAAGGUGUGGUCUGGAUUGUUUUUAUCAGCAGCUUCAGUUUCAGUUGAAACAUUUCAGGAGGAGCAGAGACACAGACGGACAGGUAGACAAACAGAAUUUUUUUUCACAGAUCAGCACCAACUGAAUCCAGCAGUCAUGUCCUCCAGGCCCAACGGGAGUCCACCUCCCUACGAGUCUGACAACGGAUAUACCGUCGCGCCUCCUCAGCCGGCGUACUCCUACUACCCCGAUGACGAGUUCCAGCAUUUCUACCGAUGGACGUCUCCGCCGGGCAUCCUGAAGAUCAUGUCCAUCAUCGUCAUCGUGUUGAGCGUGGCCAUAUUCGCCUGCGUCGCCUCCACACUGGCGUGGGACUCCCAGGGCGCUCUGGGCGGCAUGGGAGGCGCGUACGGGGGAGGCUACGGAGCAGGAGGCUACGGCGGGGGAACAUAUGGAGGAGCAGGCUACGGCGGCGGUUACGGCGGAGGCUACGGCGGAGGUUACGGCGGUGGUUAUGGAACCAACUACGGCUAUGGCGGCAUCGGAGGAAACUACAACGACCCCCGGAAAGGCAAAGGGUUCAUCAUCGCCAUGGCCGCCAUCACCUUCAUCGCGGGCCUCGCCAUCUUCAUCAUCAUCGUGUCCCACCAGAAGCUGUCGGAGAGCAGGAAGUUCUACCUGGCGGUCAUCAUCAUCUGCGCCAUCCUCGCGCUGCUCAUGCUGAUCGCCGCCAUCGUGUACCUGAUGGCGGUGAACCCGAUGGCCCAGUCCACCGGGUCCUACGGCAGCCAGAUCGCCGGUCUGUGUGCUCAGUUCCAGCGGCCGCAGCCCUCCGGAGUCUUCGUCAACCAGUACCUCUACCACUACUGCGUGGUGGAGCCGCAGGAGGCCAUCGCCGUGGUGUUCGGCUUCCUGGUGGCCAUCGCUCUCAUCAUCAUGCUCGUCUUCGCUCUGAAGACUCGCCAGAAAAUCAGCAGCUUCGGCAAGAGCAACAUCCUGUGGAAGAGAGUGAAGGUGGUCGAGGAGAUGGAGCCGCCGCAGGACGUGGAGGCCUGGGUGAACAACGUGUCCGCGCCCCCCGAGGCUCUGCCCAUGUCCGACUACCCCGAGAAGCUGCGAGGCUCCAGGAGCCACCUGGACGACGAGAGCACCAACUACGACAAACCCCCGUACAGCUACACCCCACAGCCUGCAGCAGAGGAGAGCAUGCCUCUGCAGAACGGCGCCCCCUACAGUGUCCACUCAGACGCUCCCAGCUCGGCUGAAAAGCCCAAAAAAAGAAGACCGCGACGCGCUCGCCGCGCCGACGGACAAGAGUACGACACGGACUACAACUCCUCCGGAGACGAGCUGGACGACAACGACUUCGACAGAGAGUUUCCUCCCAUCGCCAACGAGCAGGAGCGCACCGACUACAAGCGUGAGUUCGACCGCGACCACCAGGAGUACAAAGACCUGCAGGCGGGGCUGGACGAGCUCAACAAGACCCUGUCUGAGGUGGACCGGGAGCUGGACGAGCUGCAGGAGGGCAGCCCGCAGUACCUGGAUGCUUUGGAUGAGUACAACAGGAUAAAGAACCUUAAAAAGUCUCCAGACUACCAGGUGAAGAAGCGCAGGUGUAAAUACCUGAAGUCCAAACUGAACCACAUCAAGAAGAGGGUGAGCGACUACGACCACAGAGGCUGAAUAAAAGAGAGAAACGCUGCGUCUCCUGGCGGCGGGACAGAGGACUAAACCUGCUUUCUGGGGUGUUUUUAGGUUUUUCUGACGUGUCGAAGCGUUCCAGACAUUGUUUUUAUACUUUUUGAGGCAAAGAUAACAGAUAUUAUUUUUUUGUAUUAUACCGUUGUUUGUAUUAUUAUUAUCACCUGCCAUAGAUACCAUUUAUAUGUAUUUAUUUUGCCUCACGUUGUGUGAAAUAGUCUCUUUAGCGGAGUGAACACAAACUGAUACGUUAAUCCCUCUUCAUCUUAAUUAGCUUUUGCUACAUAAUGAGUCAUUUUAAAUCCUUUUCUCAGCGAUAGAAACAUGUAAAUAUAAGGGAAACAGUGAUGUUUUAAAUGUUUUUAUCAGUUUUUAGAAGUGAGUUUGCGUGUGUUUUAUUGGUAUGUUUCUUUUAUGGAUAAUGGAACAAACAGACGUUUUUUUUAAAUGCAUGUUUAAAAAUGCACAGUGAUUGCUUUCACAAUGAGUUGUGAUACCUUUUUAUUAUAAUAAAUUCAUUUAUUGAACAUUUUUCAUGUUAUUCUUACACAGUAAGCGUUGACGGUGGCUUCUCACAGACAAAUGUUUUCCAGCAAAAAGCAAACGUGAAAACACUCAAACCUUCAUUUCUUCAUUUAAUGCCACAAGUUUAAAGCAGUUAUGGAAUCUUUUUUAAAUCUCUGAUGGUGUCAGUUGUAUAAAGUGUGUGUGUUGCCACUUGGGAGCGUCAAUGCUGCAAAUGUUUUAAUUCUGCACAAAGUGACUUUAAAGCUGCAACAAAUUUAUAUUUUCUUUACUAACAAUAAAUAAAAUGACGAUAGAUAACGUGAAAACUGUCUUUUUUUAUUAUGCUGUUAAAAAUCUAUUAAUGCAAGUUUAAAGCUACAAUAAUCUAUCUAUAUUUUCUUUUUUUUUACAUUAACAAUGGAUCAAAUAAUUGUAUAAUCUGAAAUGUAUGCCUUGUUGUGACAAAACCCAUAAAGAAUUUUGCAGUUCCCCUCAGUUCUGUGCAGCUUUUAGCUUCUUUUAGCAUUGUUUUGAUUUUGAAGCUGCAAAUUCUGCUUUUAUUAACCUUGUUUUUGCAGAAAAAUAUACUGUAAAAACUACCUGCUUGGCACCAAACAGCAGACAGACGCAGCUUGCAACUAGAUAAUGAACGUAGUUGAGGAUUUACAACCUCAAAUUAAUGCUGAUGUGGCUCCAAGUCUGCUGGAUGUUUUUAAAAAAUGAUUUCAUAAGGUGACCGUGACUAUUUUUGCAUG